AUGGUUGGAACAGAACCAACAACAGAAUAUGAGUAUGCAUGGCCUGAGGUGGGAGUGUACUCCAUUUCUUUUUUGUUCCUUUUUCAUUUACAUCUGAAUAAUCUUAUUGUAGGCCUACAAUGUAGCAGCUGUGAGCCUUUUCCUGAUGGAGCCACGAACAACCUGGCUAGAUCAAAUUCAGAUGAGAGUAAUUUUUCUGAAAAACGUAGAGCAUCCACCGUCACAUACCAUCCAGACGGAGAAUCCAACACGGCUCCCUUUUUUUCUACGGAUUCUUCUCUUAAUUUGCCUGUCCUGGAAGUAGGCAGAACUGAAAAUAGCAACUUCUCCUCAACUACACUUCCUAGACCUGGGGAUCCUGGGGCACCUCCUUUGCCACCAGAGCUGCAGUUAGAAGAUGGAGGAACUUGUGGAAACUCUAGUGAGCUGUUUCUUCCCUUACGAUCACGCACUGUCUCACGACAGUGACACUUGACUGCCUUUUGAUUUUUUAACUAGUGACAAAAAAUGUUUUAAACAAUGUAAUCUUUUUGUAAAACUGCUAUAUUGAUUUACUUACAUUUGAUACAUGUCUUUUAAAACAUAAUUUAAACAUAGUUUGUAAAUAGAAUUUUUGCUUUUAGGAAUAACUGAAUGUAAAUCAUGUUGGUCGUGUCCUUUUCAGUAUUUUUCUUUCUUUUUUAGGUAUUUCAGUAUUUUUCAAUUUUUUUAUACUGCGAGACUAAUUUUAACAGAACAUUUC